CUCGCUUCCGAUCACGGGUUCCUUGUUAAUCAUCGUUAUCGGUCUACAACGAAACCGUCAACCGAUUCGCAGGAACGAGUAGCUGAUAUAUUACUGGCGCACAGUGAGUGCUCGAUCGCGCCCGUGAAAAGCGUUCUCCAUCGUCUUUCUCGUCGGCGUGGUUGUGACCGUCGUCGUGUCGUGCAGGCCAGGAGCGCGUGUUUGCCGAACGAUCGCGCGCAGAAACGGCGUUCGAUUUUCCUCGACUGGUGCUAAGAAGAUAGCGCGAGUCAUCGUAUCUCUGUUGUGUCGGCAGAAGCGAAUAGGCAAGAAUACGCCGUUACGUUUUCCUUUGGUUCGCGACAACGUAUCUCGUUCACGAGAUUCGAGUACGAGAAUUUCGCAUUCUCCUUCGGCGUCUUCGUCAACCGUUGGUGUUCGCGUUGGCGAUUUGCUCGGUGGUGCAUCGGCUCCGUGCGUGAUCGCUUGUGCGUAGAACGCGUAUCGAGCGUGCAAUGAACAACAGCAACGGCACUAACGGCAGAUCGAACGGAGAAAACAGGGGACGAAAUGGCCACGUGCUUGUGUGGGAGCAACCAGGCUUGGAGGAAGAGGACAGACCUAUCAGAAAACGUAAAACGUUGGUGGGUUCGCGUCACAUAGUGACUUUGAUGCUGUUCCUCGGCAUGGCGAACGCCUACGUGAUGAGAACGAACAUGUCCGUGGCGAUCGUCGCGAUGAUCAAUCAUACCGCCAUCGUAAAUAAGGAGGAAGAGGCACCGGUGAACGAGUGCGGGUUCGUUAAUUCCAGCAUCACGAGCGACCACGGUGGAAAGAGCAGCGACGGGCAGUUCGUAUGGGACAGCACUAAACAGGGCUAUUUGCUCAGCUCGUUCUUCUAUGGCUACGUCAUCACGCAAAUACCAUUCGGAAUCCUUGCGAAGCGUUACGGAUCGAAAUACUUUCUCGGUGUCGGUAUGCUGAUCAAUUCGUUGUUUGGACUGCUCGUGCCUAUGUCGGCCCGUUUUGGCUACUAUUAUCUGAUGGGCGUUCGCUUCAUUCAAGGUCUAGGCGAGGGUCCCAUCGUGCCUUGCACGCACGCGAUGUUGGCCAAGUGGAUACCGCCGAAUGAGCGUAGCAGAAUGGGAGCGUUCGUAUAUGCCGGAGCACAGUUUGGCACUGUCAUCUCAAUGCCAUUGAGCGGUAUCCUAUCCGAAUAUGGUUUCGAUGGCGGUUGGCCGUCGAUCUUUUACGUGUUCGGUGCGGUCGGUACCAUAUGGUGCAUUGCUUUCCUGCUGAUGGUCUACGAGGACCCGGAAAGUCAUCCGCGUAUAUCCGAGGACGAGAAGAAGUACAUUCUGAGCGCUCUGUGGGGUAACGCCGGAGCUUCGUCUCCGCCCGUACCAUGGAUGUCCAUCAUUACUUCGCUACCGUUCUGGGCUAUCCUGAUAGCGCACAUGGGCCAAAACUACGGAUACGAGACGUUGAUGACUCUGCUGCCGACCUUCAUGAAACAGAUUCUACACUUUGACAUUAAAUCGAACGGCACCGUUUCCUCGCUUCCCUAUUUGGCCAUGUGGAUAUUCUCGAUGCUGGUGUCUCACAUAGCCGACUGGAUGAUCUCUAGCGGAAAGUUUAAUCACGGAUCCACGCGGAAGAUCAUCAACAGCAUCGGCCAACUGGGACCAGCUAUCGCUCUGAUAGUCGCUUCGUAUACCGGAUGCAAUUCCUGGUUGACAGUGACUAUUCUUACGAUCGGUGUAGGUUUGAACGGCGGUAUCUAUUCCGGAUUCAAAGUGAAUCAUUUAGAUAUCUCACCGAGAUUCGCCGGCGUUUUGAUGUCUUUCACCAACUGUUUGGCCAAUCUGGCGGGCUUACUGGCACCCAUCACGGCCGGCUAUAUAAUCGUCUCACCGCCGACUCAAGCGAAAUGGAGGAUCGUGUUUAUGAUUUCGGCGGGCGUGUAUAUCGUGUGCGCCUUGUUCUACGCGAUAUUUAGCUCUGGACAACGGCAGCCGUGGGACAAUCCGGACAAAGACGAGGACAAAAACGAGAAAGAAGGCUUGGAGACUGUGAAAACUGUCGUAGAAACGCACCAUUGACGAGCCAGCGUGCUCUAGUUGCUUUUUACUUUUAUUAUCGGGUCCUUCUUCCGCAUAUUUUUUUGUACUAUGUUCUUCGUUCCUGCCACUUUGCCGUUCAACGCGACGGUGUCGCGACAUGGUUCGCGCAGUUGCUCGCCUUCUCCGCGUCUUCGCAUCUCGCGCCCAUUGUACGACUCCACCGUCCAUCGUCGAACGUUCGCGUUAUCGUCGUUCGACGAGUGGCCGUUAACACGCACGAAACACGGACAUCGCAAACGUUAAACGGAAAGCCAGAUGCGAGCAAGACGAUAGGAACGCGCGGGCAUAUAUUCCAAGAAAGAAGGAUAUUCAAACAAACUGCAUAGUGAUUUGUCACAGCGGCAGUGGAUUGCCUGGACGAUUAGUUGUUUCUUCCGACGCGCGAGGAGCCGUACAAUUCGCUGUUUGUCCCUGGCUCGUGUGCCAACUUAAAUAGCACGCAAACAUUUGUACAGCAAGUAAGUCGAAUCGAACGUCACAUUUCUAUAUCAAGUACAGACAAAGUAAAUUACGGAGAUAUAUGUAUGCUUGAGUACGUACGUGCGUGCGUGUACGAGAGAGAGAAAGAGGGAAAGAAAGAAUGAUAAGCGUGUAAAAAACGAGCGAGCGAAAGAUAGAAAAAGCAGAUAAUUUUACAUUUUUAUAGUAUUCAUUUUUACUUAACGGAGAUUACGUGCCUUAAGACCAAACAGCGUCGAAAUAAAGAUCAAAUCGAUGUAUUUUUCGAGGCGUCAAUUUUUAUUGCGCGCUAAUAGCGGGUAUCGACCAGUCAAAAACGAUCGAUCAAAACUUCCGUCCGAUUUCUGGAUGCACGAGCACAGGCGAAUCGCGCGUUUCUCUCUUUCUCGAUCGAAUAUCAAUGAGUGUUUCGCGCGAUGCAACCCAGCACAAAGUACGAUGGUGCGUUCGAGACGGUAACGCGUCCGAAUGCCGCUUCUACGAGUAAACGGACAAGUACUAUAACAGUAUUAAAGUUAAUAUCCUCGCGUUUCUCCCAUCUCUGUUUUCGUUUGUUACUUACUAUGCGUUAUCGCGAGCAACUGCCAUUUUAUAUUGUGCGAUUGAAACUGAUCGCGAGAAAUCCGAUAAAUCGCUUCCCGAUUUCGCGAACGUCCGGGAAUCUUCAAACCGUCGCGUCGCAACUAAUAUAAUGCAAUACAACAGUGGUUUAUAAUAUAAAUAUUGUAAAUAUUUUUACGCAUAGGUUUUUAUCGAGUUGUAGACGUUAGACAAUUUGUUGCUCCUUCUUAUUUAUGCAACGUGUACAAAACGUGAAUGAAAGGAUAGGCAGAAAGUGAAAAAGACAGAGAACGAAAGAGAGCGAGCGUGAGAGAGAAAAAGUAGCCGUUAAGUAUGCUGAAAAAAAAAAGGAAACAUUCAAAGGAAUUAUACCUUCGUAGCAGAAUGCAUUUUCUUUUUCUAAUUAUUAUUGUUAUUAUUAUUAUUAUUAUUAUUAUUAUUAUUAUUAUCAUUGUUGCUGUUUAUUGUUGGUAUUAUUAUUAUAAUUAUAGUUAGUAGUAGCAAUAGUAUCGUAAUUAUCGUCAUCGUUGCUAAGAUGUAGUCGUGAGUGCAAAAUUAUCGUAUGACACACCAACGCCAAAGAAACAUGUACGCCUUUGUUUCGUUUCUCUUCCUUUUUACCCCCGUACAUGCAGGCGUUGUUACGGGUGUAUACGCGAGUAUACUUUAUCGAACGACCGCUUCGUCGUAAUUCGCACGAGCUUAGCCCGUUAUGUGGUACGCGCGACGACACUCGAAACAGGUAUAUACACGUACCCUCGCGUUCAAGCGGACCUUUACUAAAGCUCCCUUGCUCGGGACGUUCAACCUCCGAAACGAUGUCGCUCCCGAGUGGAAAUUUUUCAAAUUUCUAAUUACUUAUCGUUCGUUAUCGCGUAUCUAUCUCUUUUUGCUCGACCGUCUCUGGAGCGAGCGUAUCGCCGAUACCUCUGAUCGCGUAAACAGGGAUCGCGGCGGAUCAGUCUCAAGUACCUGCGUUUUUCUGUGAUCGUCUAUCUAAAAAAAUGUAUCUUCGACGACUUUCCCCAAGAUUACUACCUCGCUAAUUUCUUGGUAACCCGUAGACUAUCCAAAUCAUUGUUGUAGCGGAAAUAUGACCAACUGCCCGUAUGAAAUUUUGCGUACGCGAGGAUAUUGUUAAAUUACGGUCACGUAUUACACGCAACGCCUCGUACGAUUCGUACUAAUCUUUUUACACUAGGCUAUCCGUAUAUGCCUAUAUGUAUAUACGUGUGUGUGCGCGCGUGUGGUAUAUAUAUACACACGCACCAUACACACAUAAAUUAUGUAACUAUGUAUACUCGUGGCUGCGUACACUUCGCGUGCGUGUAUGCACGACUUACCGACAAUCGCGAUAGAAAUUCUUGGAAAGCAACUUUUUAUAAAGUCAAUUGUAAAACGAUCGAUAUUUUUAUAUAGAUAUUUAUGGUCGUUGCGCGGCAACAGCUGACGCAAUUUUUCUAGGUCGUACGCGAAAUAUCUUUCGUAUUACCGAAAUUGCAGAGCGUAUAAAGUGUACACACGGGUAAAUAAAAUAUCGCUCAACGAGUA